GCAAGUCAUGAACUAUAAAACGAAUCGACAAUAAUUCAAUCCGCAAAACGGUUAUACACUGACGCGAUAUCGAAUAUUUGAUUUCAUUGAACUGUAUUUUUUAAUUAUUUAAAAAAGUAAGAAUUCGUGACACGAGGUGGCGCUAGUACAGGCCAACAGGAUGCUGUCUCUGUGGCAGACUUGGAGUCUCAUCGCAUGUAUAUGCGCAUGCGCAAUCGGUCAGCGUAUAGACCAGGAACCAUUGCUGUCUCCUCGUCCAGCGAGAGUCAGGGAUCGUGACGUCAAGACGGAUGAACCGACUUGUGACCAACUGAAAGCUAUGUGGCGGUUCUCGAAGAGGCAAGCUCGUGCUCCGGAGCUGAUUAACGAAGUACCUGCCGUGCCCUACCGCGACCCGCUGAUGUAUAAUGAGUGGCCGGUCUACACUGCGAUGCCUCGCGCCGCUCCAAGAUUUCGAUACCAGUACCCGUCUAUCCCGCGGGAGGCGUAUGGUCGGGUCAUCACGAAGGCACCACCGAACGUGGUACGCACACCUGAUUAUGGCGAGAUGUUCGGCAUGUUGAACGUACCUCAUACUUCUGGGAAGAUCCUUCGGUACCCUGGACCGUCUCGGCCUCGUGGUGGACCCACUUUCAUGGUACCACCACAGAGGGACAGAUUCGAAGCUUUGAAGAAACUGAUCCGGCAAGAGCAUGUCCGCGAACUGCAAAGGAAAUACGAAACAGAACAAAAACAGGAGUUGAAGGAAAUUGCAGCUGGCCGAGGUAAUGACGACUUUGUAUACGGAACCUAUGGAGAACAAGAGCCACGAGGACUUCAGCCGCUAGAGUACGCGGAUGAGCCCAGUGCGAGACAUGGAAAAAAACCACAGAGCGGCAGUCGCCAGGUAUCCCAAUUCUCACGCUACUCAGAUGUGAUGCUGCCACCAGUACGCCGGACCUUCUACCACCCGUACCUCGACUACGUCCUUCCAGAGUACGUUCCCUACGCCUACUGAAAAAAUUGAACUUUCUAAAACGAUCUUGACAUUCCAGAGGGGUACUUUCCUUACGUACAAAUAACUUGCGGGCUUUAACUCCAAUAAAUAUCAGUAUUGAAAAAUUCAUAUCGAAAGCAUAUCCUCGCUUUCGCUUCCGACCCGAGCUUUCAGCGUAUCUAUUGCAAUAUUUUUAUAUUUUUAAUUAAAAAUAACUGAGGUUUACUCUGUAGAUAUGCGAUUUUUAAUCCCCUUUAUAAUCGCAUCGUAUUUUUAUAGAUUUAAGAUUGUAAUAGUAUUUUUCUUGUAUUUAAAAUCGACUCUAGGUCGACGUUAAAUUUAUAAUUCGUAGGUUAAAACCUCUUUCGAGACAAUAAUAUUUUUUUUCCAAAUGAGAUAUCCUGUUAUGAUCAAUUAUUUAACCUACGAAUGAAACCCGUCAAUUCCAGAGACGGUAACGAAUAGACAAUAAACAAAAUUUAACCUAAAUGUUUAGACAUUUAUUCGAUAUAAGAUUUUAAGAGUAAUUUUUUAAUGAUUUAUUGUCAAAGUAUGUGUAACUUUCAAUUUAAUAUUCGAAACAUUUUCCUUAGCUAUUGCUUUCCAAAGAAAUAUCAUAUUAAAAUACUUUCGUUGGAGUUUGUUUUUAUUAGUAUUCGCGGGCCGUUGCGUGAGCGGCGGCUUUGUCGAGAAUAUAUUUGAAAUGUUAUUAGACUGGCGCUUUAAAGCAUUGAAACAUUUAAAAUCGAUAACGUGGGACGAAUAUUCGUUCUAUUUAUCGUUAAAUAUAUUCGCUUUAGCGAAUGGCAUGCAUAACAUCUGUUAAAUAUAUUCGCUUUAGCGAAUGGCAUGCAUAACAUCUGUAAAAUGCGGCGCUAGUCAUAAUCAAUAGCAAAAUACCAAAGUGAAAUUAUACGUAUUACUUGUAACUUAUUAUAUUUUUAAAUACUAGUUCUAUAUUUAAUUUUAAUUAGAUAAUUUAAGUCUGAUUACAAUUGUUAAUAAUACGUUAAUGAUUCUGUAAAGGAGCAACAUGAAAUUGUACUUAAUUUUUUUAAAUAUUUACAUUUCCAAUU